GGACAGGUGAGAUUAAACCCAGGAUUAUUCACCUCCACGUGCGUACGCGAUGUGUGGCUGCUCCGAGGUGCUGAACGGCGCGUGUCGGAAUCGGUCCGCGCGUCCUUCCCGUCACGCAGCGCUGAGCGAUCUGUGUCCUGUGGCACUGCGGCUGUUGAAGAUGGCCGUCCUGAACCUGUCCUUCGCUGCCUGUGGCUUCAUGGGGAUCUAUCACCUGGGCGCUGUGGAGGCCUUCCUCCGCCAUGGAGACCGGCUGCUGGGGUCCCUGGGAGCCUGCGUGGGGGCUUCGGCCGGGGCGCUGGUGGCUGCCGUGGUGACCACGGCCCCCGAUAAGUUAGAGAACUGUAAAGAUUUCACCUUCAGGUUUGCUGAAAGUGUGAGACGACAGCGCUUCGGGGCGGCGAUUCCAGGAUACGACUUCAUGCUCACACUGCGGGAAGGGAUGGAGGAGAUCCUUCCCAGUGAGGCUCACAGUCUGGCCUCCGGUCGUCUCUUCGUCUCCAUCACACACUCAGUGAGCGGACAGAACCAGCUGGUGUCCACGUUCACCUCCAGAGACGACCUCAUAAAGGCUUUACUUGCCAGCAGCUUUGUUCCAGUUUAUGCCGGAUUCAAACCAGUGACCUUCAGAGGACAGAAGUGUGUGGACGGGGGCUUUACGGACAGCCUGCCGAUCCUCCCCUCUGGACGAACCGUCACCGUGUCUCCGUUCUCGGGGCCGCAGGACGUGUCUCCGCUGCACCGCGGCCGCUCGGCCGCUCGGCUCCGUCUGGCCAACAUGAGCGUCAUGCUCUCGCUGGAGAACAUCAAGCGUCUGAACAUGGCUCUGUUUCCUCCCUCCACGGCCGCCAUGCGGACCUUCUGCCAGGAGGGCUUCGGCGACGCCGUCCGGUUCCUGCGGAGGGAGGACUGGAUGAGCUGACGGAGCCUGGAGGACCGAAGGUGAACGUAGUGGGGGGUCGUCCAGGUUGUCCAGGUCGUCCAGGUCGUCCAGGUCGUCCAGGUCGUCCAGGUCGUCCAGGUCGUCCAGGUCGUCCAGGUCUCGGGUCUGAACGCUGCUGUCAGAACAUUGUGGUCUUCCUGUGACUCCACCCAUUGACCCAAAUGAGCAAAGAUCCUGAAUUAUUGACGUUGUUGUGCGUGUUUGGGAAUUCCUGGAAAGUGUGCAAACUUUCCUGAACGACUCCCAACCGGGAACUUCCAGUUGAAAUGGUCCAUUUCAUGUGUUUUCCUGUUUUUUGACAAUUUGGUUUGUAAUUUUUAUUUUUUCUGCUGGUUUUGACUAUUUUAACCAACAAAUCACCUUUAUACUCUUUAUUUAUGAGUAUGUCUCUUCGUGCAUGAAGGAAUGGCUGCACCACACACACACACACACACACACACACACACACACACACACACACACACCCUUCUUUCAGGCGCUGGAGGAAAGCGGUCUGAUGUGGACCUGGACUCUGCAUCAGUUGUUUAAUUUGGCCCAGCUGGAGGCAGAAAGACUGAAGUCCUGCUGCUCUUUGAAGGUUGGAUUUCCUCGGUUCUCCAUCAGGAGAAGAAGCUCUCUGUGGUCUGCUCUCCACACACACUCCGCCUCGGGGGGAUCGUGCGCUCUCUGCACACGUUUGAAGCGACGUUUCACCUCACGUGAAGAAAGAAUAACUUCCCAUUCUGAGCAUUUCCUGCACAGCGCGCACAGAAAGACUGGACUGCUCUUCAGAUGUUCCGCUUUACUGCAAACAGAAGUGAUGAAAUAUGAAAGUGGACUUUAAAAGACUAUUGGAAUUCACUCAGAGGAAUAAAGUGAAUGUUUUAAAGAGCAGAAAAUGUAUUCU